AUCACAUGAUGAUAAAUUUUACGGAAUGUCUGUGUACAAAACCUUUGAUCAGUUGUUUUUAAUUUUAUGUAACACACAUAAAUAGGUUGCUUAACCAACACCAAAGAUUUAUUUAAAGCUUUAUUUGAAGCAUAGUUGUACAUUUUACUUGCUCCUCAAGAAAAGGAGUUAUUAGCAUUAAUGUCUUUUGAUGAUGAAGAUAACUUUGCUACUAGUGGUAGCUACAGUGUUGUGGGAUCAUUUCCAAAAGAUUUUGGAUACUUAGAAGAUAGAAAUGAUAUUCAUAAUCCUGCAGAUGAGCAAAAGCCUAAAAUUUUAUUAAUGGGUCUACGCAGAAGUGGAAAAUCUUCAAUAUUAAAAGUUGUAUUUCAUAAGAUGUCACCAAACGAGACACUUUUUCUUGAGAGCACUAAUAAAGUAGUCAAAGAUGAUAUAUCCAAUAGUUCAUUUGUACAAUUUCAUAUUUUAGAUUUUCCCGGUCAAAUUGAUUUUUUUGCAGAUGGUUUUGAUUCUCAACAGAUUUUUGGUGGUUGUGGAACAUUAGUUUAUGUUCUGGAUGCACAGGAUGAUUACAUGGAUGCACUUACUAAACUUCAUCAAACAGUUGUAAAAGCUUUUAAGGUAAACCCAAACAUUAAGUUUGAAGUUUUUAUUCACAAAGUAGAUGGGUUAACAGAUGAUCACAAAAUAGAAACACAACGUGAUAUACAUCAAAGAGCAACUGGAGAACUCGAAGGUGCUGGUCUGGAAAAUAUUCAACUCAGUUUUUAUCUGACUAGUAUCUAUGAUCAUUCUAUUUUUGAAGCAUUCAGCAAAGUUGUUCAAAAACUUAUUCCUCAACUUCCUACUCUCGAAAAUCUUUUGAAUAUAUUUAUUCAGCAUUCAGGAAUUGAGAAGGCUUUUUUGUUUGACGUAGUUUCAAAAAUAUAUAUUGCAACUGACAGUGCUCCUGUUGAUAUGCAAUCCUAUGAAUUGUGUUGUGACAUGAUUGAUGUUGUUCUUGACAUAUCUUGCAUAUAUGGUCGUCGUGAAGAUGGUAAUACAAAUGCUUAUGAUACCCAAUCAGAAUCUGUGAUUCGUCUCAAUAAUUCAACUGUUUGUUAUCUAAGGGAAGUGAAUAGGUUUUUAGCAUUAGUUUGUAUAUUGAGGGAAGAUAAUUUUACGAAACGCGGCCUGAUAGAUUACAAUUUUCACUGUUUUAGACAAGCUAUUCAAGAGGUUUUUGAAGUACGACAACAGGCACGUGAAGCUAACACGCGAACCACAUCAUUGCGCCAAUUAAGAAAAGGCGAUGCGCUUGUUGUAUGAUGUGAAUCAUCAAUAGUAAACGAAAUUUAUUACGUAAUUUUAAAUCGUUAAAAUAAUUAUUUAGGCGAUAAACUUUUUAUAUUUGAAAAUAAAUUUGUAAAUGUUUUUUGGUAUGCAAAUAAUAUUAUCAUUACUUAUUAUCUA